AUGGCCAAAACAAUGAAUAAUGUAGAAUCGACAUCAGAUUAUUUUGAUGUCGUAAACAAGGGGCUAGAUACGCUAAGUUUUGGUGAGGAAAACAACACUAUUAGCGAUGGAUUAUUGGUUAAGUUUAAGACGGAAGAGAUGAAAGAUAAAGUUUUACAAGUGGAACCUAAGCCUUCCGCUCAGUUUGAUAAUGAAAAAUGGACGAAAAUAUGCAAAAUCACCCACAAUGUACUGUUGGCAAACAUUAAGCAAUACAAUAAUGAUAAUAACAAAAUCUCUAAUUCAUCAAUGCAUCCUAUUAUUUUGGCCACCGAUCUAAAACAUAACCCAGAGCAUACUUCCAAAUUCGAAACAUCCGUAAAAUUGUGGGAUUUGAACCUAUUAGAAUUCAUAUCAUUAGCAUCAUCCAUUGGUUCUUCAGAUUUUUCUUUUGCUUUCAAGCUUGUUGAUGUUCCAAUAUCCCCAAAAUCUACUGAAGUUUCACAUAAACACAAGUUUGUCAUCCAUAAAUUAAGACAUUUUUGCUUCAGGGGAGCACCUCAGAAUAAGGGUCCAUCCUCUCACACUCAUGGAAAAUUUAAGCUCGAUUCACAAACAAUAUCGCCUCCAAAGGCACAGAGAAGUGGAUCACAGGACAAACCGAGUAUACAAGAGAGAAAGGGUAGGGUAUUGGAAAAGUUUCAUGUCAAGGGAGAAGUUAAGGCUCCAGCCAAUUGGGAUAUAAAGUUAAAACAUGAUAACAGCUGGGAUGAUCCUAGCAACUGCAAAGGGGGAAUAUUCUCAUUAGGAGAUAUAAAAUCGGAUGGAAAAGUAUCUGCAAGUAGCGACGGCGGAUCAUCUACUAGUGCUUUAAAAAAUCUCUCCUGUCUUGUACAGGAUUUCAAAGUAGCCACAAAGUCUAAUAAUACUCUGGUCGGGAAUGACGAUUUGAAUCAAAUUAAGAUGAAAGAUAUAGACAACUUCGUAUUUUUUGAUGAGGACGACGAUUCAUUGAAAUCUUCUCAGUUUAGCAAGUUUUUUAAGGUAUUUAAUGAUCAGAAGGUUCAGGUAAGGUGA